AUGUGUGAUGGCCUUCAGUCUGGCAGCAGUGCACAAGUUCUCCAAGCUGAUGUUGUUGACAAGGGAACGGGCCACAACAGAAGUGGGCUGGCCAGGGAUGAGUGGCAGCGGUUGGUGGUAUUAGGCAGGGACAGCCCCAUCCUCACUUCUGGUGUAAUCACCAACUGGGAUGGGCUGGAAGACUGGCAUCAUAUCUUCUACCACAAGCCAGCCAUGUGCCCCAAGGAGCUGGCUGUGCUGGUCACCACUGUCCCCUUGUCCCCCAUCACCAACAGUGAGAAGAUGUCCGAGCUGCUCUUUAAGGCUUUUAGUGUGCCAGCCAUACUUGAAUGCCUCAUUUCAUGCUGCUCCUAUGGCUGCACCACUGGUAUGGGUCUGGGCUCUGGUGUUUGCAUGAUAUAUGACUUUGCACUAUCUCAUUCCUCCUUCCAUCUGAAUAUGUCCAGGGAAUGCCUCACACUCUACCUCAGCCAGAUGCUGGCAGCCUGUGGGGUCCAGCCUCCACCAGAGAUGCUCCAGCGCCUGAAGGACACAUUCUGCUGCUACCACCUGUCCAGUGCCCACCCCAAGCCUGUGACACUCCUCCUGCGGAGUGAGCACUCCCACUGCCUUGUGGCCCUCUUCACCCUCUAGGUUCUGGGGGGUGUUGUCCUGGGCCUA